AUGAAGCAUUUUCUGAGGUAAAAGACUCCAUUUUUGUUAUUUAAUGCUUUUCUGCAGCCAUGAAUUUGCAUUGCAUUUGCUAAAACGUGAAGGAAUCUAACGCAGAUCCACCCCCAUUAUUUCCCAAGCCUUGUUUCUGUGUGUAUAUUCAGCCUACAGUGUGUAUUUAUACAGAAAUACAGGUUAUUGUGUAGGCUGUUUACUCCCAGUUCUCCAACAUUCUGAGCUUUUUCUCCAAUCGAUCACGGCACAGUGUGGGCAGUGAGUGGCUGUGUUGAGGUGUGAACUGGUUUGAGUGGGUUUUUCAGAAAAGAGGCCAUUUAAUUAUGGAGCACAUGUGAAGCAAGAGGUUUCCCCUGGAGUCAAUAUUACCAGAUCUGCUGCUGUAUAUGACAGCAAAUCUGAUUAGCAAUAUCAUAUAAGGAUUUAAGAUUAUGCAAAACCAGAAUGAAACAGUGCUGGUAACACUUUACAAUAACCAUAAUUUAUAAAUGGCAAUUAUAUCGUUUAUUAAUGUAAGUGAAUAGUUUCUUUACCAUUAACAAGCAAUGAAAUUAUUUCUAUUUCUAUUUAUUUAUUUUUAAAAAUGGGAACAGUACAUAUUGAUGAACAUUUACAUGUAAAUAUGUGGGAUUAUAGCCAAAUGGCUAAUUUCCAUCCCCAGUCCCAUUUGCAGGUUGAUGUUAAACAUAAAAGCAAUAAUGUUAAAAGUACAAACAACAUGACUAAGACAGUUAAACAAUGCACUGACAACAUACACAUAAUAUACAUAAACAACACACAGAUGUACACUGACCAAAAAGUGACCAAUAGUAAGGGGACCAAAAAGAUUGAAAGAGAAUUGUAAAGUGCUAAAGUGCUAAUUAGAGUGUCCUAUGCUGAAGGUGUUUAAAGUGUCAUUUGCUACAGUACAGCUUGUUAAAGUGACAAGUGCAUAAGUGCGAAAUUACAUUGAAUUGCACGAUGUGCGGUACAGUGCAAGAUCGAAUUGAAUUGCACGAUGCCCAUAGCACACAAUUGCAGAUGUGUGUCUAAAAUUGCACAUGGUUUGUAUACAUAAAUGUGUUAUGUAUACCCUUUAGUAACAAAUUUGCAUACAUGAAUGAGAGUAUGUACACCAGAACAAAUUAAGAGUGGAACCCCAAAGCAAUUAGCCAAUUAGACAUGACAAAUACGAAUAUGAUUGAUAAUUUUCAUUAAUUAUUAAUGGACUAUUUAUUAAAGGUUUAUAUAGGGUUUAAAUGUUGGUUGUAAAACAUCUAGAUUUAAAUGUUUGUCAGUAGCACUUUGCAAAUGAUUAGAGUGUUUUAUAAACCACCUAUAAACAUUACUUGGAUGGUUAUUGUAAAGUUAGGGUUAGGUUUUUAAAAUUGUACAAUUUACAAUUAAUAAUGGUCUAUAUGCUAUUUAUAAAUACUGAUUAAACAUUAAUAAACCAUCUGUUUACCAUUUAUAAAUGGUCUAUUUACCAUUUAUAAGUUAUGGUUAUUGUAAAGUGUUACCACACUGCUUUAUUACAUAAAUCAUUGCAAACAAUAUUAAUAAUAUUAUUGGGUGGUUCUUAAACAGGGCAGGUUAACCUGUGAGACACUUUUUAACCCCAACAAAGUAAUCAAAUGUGCUAUUUUUUGGGCAUAAAACAGCUCAAAGACACAAUUAAAGGAAACAUGUAAAUAGUGUGUCAACCCAAUUUAAACUCACAACUAACUACCCUUGCUUUUUUAAUCUAGUUUUUUGGUGUUAAUUAUCAUGUGUUUUUAUUAAAACAUAGAUUCAAUACAAAACUUGUUUUUCUUAUAUAAUUUCUUUACACUGCAACUAUAUUUAAAAAAGUAGAGAUCGGCUAAUAAAUACAGCAGAAGGUCAUAACCAGAAGUUGAACCAACAGCUAUGACAAAAACUAUGUCCUCUGCACAUGGACUUCACGCCCAAACUGCUUGGCCAACCAGAGCCAACCGUAAAUAUUUUGUCGAACCACACUUCCCAUGAACCCUUGGUGUUUUCUGUCCCUCUUCUAUAGACAAUGACUCUGUUCGAGCUCAUUUUGAGCCGUCUUUUGCUCUUUUGUGCUUCUGUCUCAAAAGCUUUAAGUGUAAUCUCUGUUUAAUGACUAGUGGAGCCGAGAAGAGGCUGCCAAAUUCUAUUUUCACAGACGCUAAUUCAACUAAUGUGCUGAAAUGAAAGUGGUAAUAGUUUAUUGUUGUAGAGAUGAUUCAUGCAGCUCUGUUAAUCGUUUUGGCUGAUCAGAGUGAUUCAGAAAGGUUUAAAGAGGUGCUGCUGUGUGUCCACAACACUGGAGAUCUCAAAUAGGCAGAUUAAACUAAAAUUAUUGAAUAAACUAGAACUUUGCUAGUGUUUUUGCAGAGAAGAACAUGGGGCACGGCGCUCAUGCAGACCCCAGCAGAGGGCGCUUACGUCAAACACAAGCAUAGCGCAAAUACAGAUACAUGGGUUCACGAUUCAAAAUUACUUUAUUUAUACCUCUAAGUGGAUUAGAUCUACAAUGAGUGAGUCAGUCUCUUUUUAUACAACAAACGUCACACAAAACAGUGCAGGACUGGACAUGAUAAGGUGAGUUAAGCGCUGAGUGUUUAAAAGAAUAACAACUACCCUUAAAAACAAGAUAAAAUAAGCUGUUGGUAACUGCAGAAUUCGAGUAGCUGUGGGUACAUACUCCUCUUGCAAGAUCACAAUCAAAAACAUGCAAAUAGAGGUGGUUAUUGAAAAAUAAUGGCAAAUGAUGACAAAUGGAAGCAUUAACGCUACCACAUUUACAAGAUAAUGAAUUGUUUGCACGAGGAAUGAAUUGCUCUUGUGACUGUCCUUUGUUGCUGUUCUUUGUCUACCUUAACAGAAUCAGAAUGAGUGCAUAUCAGUUUUUACAGUUAGUAAUGUCAGUGGUGUAGCAUCCUGCCAAUUAAUGUGCAAUGCAGUUAUAUAAACAAAGUAUAAAUUAUGAUUAACCAAUCCACAAAACCUACUGUCAUUUAUGUGGCCGUUGUUGUUAUAAGGUGUGAGUGUUGUGCUCUGCAGCUCACUUCAGGCAUGUCUCUCAGAUACAGUCCAAAGUAAGUGGCACCAGACAUUGUUAACUGUGUUACAUUUGCAUAAACUAAAAAUGAUCACUUCAUGGCAUUUCAGGAGCUGGAAACUCUUUCCACAUUUGUAUUCUCUGUAUUCAGUCCCAGUUUGUUGCUUCACCAGUUGGACUGAUUUGGCUCAGAGUUGGUGGUUCUCCUGUUGAAUCUGGAUCCCGUACAAUCUGUUUGUGAGUCAGAUCUGCUGUUAUUACUGGUACUGUUACUAUCGCUGUUAUAUGUGGUGGCCUUGGAGGAGGAUCAUGAAAUUUGCAGAUGACGCACUGGUGAAUGGUCUCAUGGGGAACACUAAUAAGCUGAAAAGGGUGGUUGAAAGACCCAAAAGACCGUUUGGAUCUACGAUGGAGUAUUAGGGCCACAUUAAGAAAAAAAAUUAAGACUUUGAGAAAAUUUAGACUUCAAGAUUAAAGUAAUUAAUUUAUGAGAAUAUGUCAUUACUAACAAGAACAAAGUCAUACUAGAAUCAUUACUUACAAGAAUGAAGUUGUAAUCAACUACUACUACUACUUCUACUAUACUUAUGAUAAUGCAGUGCUGAUGUGCCAAAAGAUUAAGUAUCUUUUUGUUUGAGAAACACAUAUGAAGUUUUCACAAAAUGCUUAAUGGCUCUCAUUUCAACAACUGUCAUCUUAAACAGCAGGUUAGAAUAUAAAGACUUUAUUCUGACUUUACUCUCAUAAGUAAUGAUUUUAUUAUGACUUUAUUCUCAUUAGUAAUGACUUGAAUCUCAAAGUUUUAAUUAUUUUUCUUAAUGUGGCCCUAAUACUCUGUCGUACAGAUCUUUUUGCGUAGUUGUUGUCUUUAUAUAACCUAGCAGAAAUGUCAGUCUGUAGAUCUGGGCCAGUUAUCCCCUUCUGAUUCUCAAGAUCACUUUGCUAGAUUUUCCUGUCAUGUCGGGUGUGUUUCAGAGGAUUCACUUCCCCAGAUCUGCUCAGAAGACGAUCAGAGAAGUCCUGAUUUGUAAUUGUAAACGUUAAAGAUGUUCAGUAUUCACGGUCAGAAAUCCAGCUGUGUGAGGGGACAGCAUGUGAAAGAGGAUGACGGCUAACCAAGAUGCAAAACAAACUUCCUGUUUAGUGGCAGGAGUGUUUAAGUCAUAGUCAAAGUGGGAGGGAGAGAAAUUUAACAAAAUUGGAACCACAGUAGCUAAACCAGAGAAAUGAGAUUCAACUUGACAACUUGUUGUUUGCCGAGUGGCGUUUGACUGUGUAGGAUUUUCUGCAAUUCCCAGAUAUGAGUGUCUGGACUCUGGUUAUUGGUGAGUGGAAUCUGUUAGUAUGUGGUGUGCUGUAUUAGUCAUAGCUCUCCACACAUGAUAAGAAUAAAACAGUCAAGUAUAUCCUUAUUUGUGAUGUCAAAGUAGGCUCAGAUUGGGUCUAAUGUAAAAUUACAUGUAAUUUUCCUUUAAAUGUGGUUUCAGGUUCGGUGUCACCUUCACCGACAUUUUCUUUGUCAGCCCUGCUUCCAUCACCCUGCCUUUGUGCAGACUUCUCCGAAGGUUAAAGAAAUGACAGGGUGUCUAUUUGAACUGUUUAACAUGCCAGUCUCAUUCACAGGCCUAUAUAGAGGGAAUUAAUCAUCCUGGCUCUACCUCCUUUUUUGUUGACAUUGAAGAUGAUGUUAAGCUAUGAUCGCUCAGCAUCAGGCGGAUUUAUUUCUGCAUGAAAAGGUCGUAAACUCUAUUCCUUGAAAACAAACACAGUGGGAGGUUUGUAGGUUGUGUAAGUUAUCACCAGUAUUAGCUAGAAUAUGACAGGGACAUGGUUCCUGUAUUUGCGUUCCUAUGUGGGGACAUCACCUCUUGAUUUCUGACGAGUUCUGUCCUGGAUACUCGGCAAUAAAGGGUUAAUAAGUUCAGACAAUUAACAGUUCUGUAAUAAAGAAACAUGACAUUGUAAAAAAUGAAGCCUCAGUUUCUUUAUGGGUCACUUUGCAUUUCCCAAGAUGUACACCUUCAUUUUCAUCCUCAGUGUCACCUUCAAAAAUAGCUCCUUUUCAUCUUUUGCUUUGUGACUCCUUUCCCGUCAGAUCUCUUCUUCUCCCACUCUUUUAUUCCUUCCCUGCUAGUUUUUUUUCUGUCAUGUGAUGUUAUUUCUACAGUGAUUAUUUAGCUUGUUUGAUCACGUUUGUAAUGCAAAUUUUUAACAGAAACACUGUGCAUGAAGAUUCAGCUUCUGUUUUGUAAAAAUGAGUGUGUACAUGUAGCCUACUGGUAUCAGAAGAGAGUUUUCAGCAUCCCUGCUUAAGCAUGCAACUCUGAUAUUGUUGCAUCAGAGGGCCUUUUUUUUGCUUAUAAUGUGUAUUUUUAGGUUUAUAAAGUACAACUUACAGUAUCUUUCUCAAUCAACCUUAUGUUACUUUAAAUGGGCUGAAAUGAAAGUAUCAUACAGUGUUGUGAGUGUUAAUAAGAUGCUCUUACAUUUGAGCACUAUAAGUAGUAAUGAAGCCUUAUAAAUGCAUUAAUAAGGCUUUGUAAAUAUGCUUAUAAAUGUAUUUUAAGUGAUGGUGUACCAUGCAAAUCUAUAUCAUAAUUCAGGCUGAUCCUUGUUGUCUCCUCCUCUCCAGAGUGGUGACCCAGUUCUUCGUGUUCCUCUACUGUAAAUGUCUGUGGCGAGGCCUGAAGUUUGUCGUCAGGAAGUUUACAGGCCGCUGUGAGCUGCAGCGAAUCUGCUACAACAACAAGCACGGAGCCCGCAGGACCCUCAAGAUAGGUGGGCCGACACGCCGUCGCCUCACACUUAUUUUUUUAGUCUCUGAUUAGCUUCUAGCAUUUAAUAAAAACAGCACAUCACUGUUAAAAUUACAGAAUUGAUUUCUUCAUUGGAUUAGUAAUUGUAAUACAUCUGUUCAGUAGUGCAAGGUGAAUACACCAUAAAAACCCCAGGGUUGAAAAGGGACUGACUACUUAUUGGGUUAUUUUGACCCAGAAUGUUGGUUUAUUCAAAUUAACCCAAAUUUUGGGUUGACUCAAUAACCUUUUUAAGGGUCAAGUUAACCCAACGUUCGAGUUAAUUUGACUCAUGAUCUUUGGUUUAAUUGAUAUAUGCAUUUGGAGAGCUUUUUUUGGGAGCUUUCCUUUUACAACCUGUACCCUAUUUUCCCAUGUACUUUCAUGUAACUGAUUGGGGUUCAAAUCACGCAUGAGACAUAUCUGUAGGGAGCGAACUACAUCUACAGAUGUAUCUCAUACAGGAUCUGAACCAGGCCUAGAACCCACGUAGAGUCAAUGGAACCCAGCGUUCUGACCCAAUUAUUGGGUUACUCUCAGAAAAAUGACCCAUAAUUAUUAACCCAUUCAAAAAAACCCUCAAACUGGGUUACAACAGAAUCCACAUGACCCAAGAAAUGGGUAUGGAUCUGAUAUUCGUAUAACCCAGGAAUUGGGUUGAAGAAAUAACCCAAGAGUCUUUGGAGUGUAGGAGUAAUUUUCAUACUUCUAACUCUAUAUUUCAAUAUAAACACCCGCCUUUUAUCAUAUUUAAACCUAAUUACUCUAAAGCUUCUGAAUAGAGCUGUUUUUAAUGCUUCUGUUUGCCGUCAACUUUCAUUUUACGACUUCUUUCUUUCAGAAUCGUCCCUGCGGUACUCCAAAAAUGAGGUACGGGCCUACAUAUCAACAAAUAUGCUCUGUAAUAGUAUAAAGUGUGGUUGGAUAUUCAAUCUGUUUGCGUCGUUCCUAUUUCCUCCCCCUCCUCCGUCUGUCCCUUUUUGUUUAUCUCCUGCUUUUAUCUCCUGUAGCUGCUGCAGUCUGCCCUCAGCGUCCACCCUGACAAAGUGGAGAAAACCAUUGACGACAUCAUGGCCUUGAAGAAGAUCAACCCUGACACCAACCCACAGUAACCCACGCCGCUUUUCAUAUCACAUUUAUGUUACUUUAUCACUUACAUUAAGGGUGUUGUUGAUAAAUUAGAGAGUUUCACAGACUGUCAACACUUUGAACCCUGUGACAAGCUGUGAAAAUGUGACAAGAAUAUAUUUCUCUUCAUGUGGCUCAAAUUAAAAACUGUGCCUGUGCAUGGCAGCUUUACACUGAUACAGCUAACAGUCAUACAUAUUAACAACCUCUCUUCUCUCUUUGUGAACCCAGACUGGGGAUCUCUCUUCAGGCUAGCCUGCUGCAGAUCGUGGGCUACAGGAACCUGGUAGCAGAGGUGGAGAAGCUGCGAAGGGAACCCUACGACUGUGAAAACCCUGAGAAUGAGAAAAUGCUAAUGAAGGUAAGAAGUUAACACAAGUGGUUUCCACAGUUGGAAUACUUUUCUAUAUUUGUAUUAGACCUUAAAAUCUUAAAACGGGGGCGGCAGUAGCUCAGGAUGUAGAGUGGUUGUCCAAUAACUGGAAGGUUGGCGGUUCGAUUCCCCCUUAUCCCAAGACUGUCCGUUGCAUCCUUGGGCAAGACCCUUAACCCACCCUGCUCCCAGUGUGUGUCUUCCACUGGAGUAUGAAUGUGAGUGUUGUGUGGUGGUGGUGGUCGGCGUGGCGGUUGGUGCAAACUGGCAGCCACGUUUCCGUCAGUCUGCCCCAAGGCAACAACAAAAAAAAAACAAGAAAAAAAACAAUGAGAUAAAAUGUGUUUUUUUUUCAAGAUGAAAUUUUUUUUUUAAUCUCAUCUUUUUUCAUCACUGGUGGAAACAGGCUUCCAUAGUUUAAGGUUUGUGUAGCGAGUACUUUAUCUUUGCAUCACAGACCCUUGUAUUUAUCAUACAUGUUCAAUGGUUCAUUUGGAAUAUGUGUUUAACUGAGUUAGAAGCGCGUAAAAAAAAUCGACCCGACCCAAAAAAAACCCAUAAUUUUACGCAAAAAUACAUGCACAGUUCCGUAGCUCUGUAGCCUCCUUUAGCUUCACUUUAAGGCCAGAGCUGCAGUACUUCACACAUUAUCUAAGCUAACAACUCAAACUGUACUACUACUUUACUAUUUUAAUUAUCUACCACUUUUGUGGGGCUAACUUAUUUUCUCAGCAGCUUGUCCUUCACAUUUCAUAUAUUCUUCUCUUUUUUUUUAACCAUCUGCAUCCAUCUAUAGCCGUCUGUUCAGUUCAAACAGUAACUACAAGCUAGACCUUUAAACUAGGGUGACCAUACGUCCUCUUUUACCCGGACAUGUCCUCUUUUUUGGAGGCUUUCUGGGCUGUCUGGGUUUGUCAGGGGAAGUUUAUAAAAUCCUUUAAGUUUUUGCGGUUUUGUACCUAAAUUUGGAGUUUGUGUCACAUGGAUUUUUGGAGUUAAAAGCGCGUAAAAGACACUCGAUCCGACCUGAAAAUCUCUCAAAAUUAACUUUGUGUGACUCUGUGACUUUGCCCGGAGUAGUCGUGUCCUCUUUUUGGGAAGUCAUAAUAUGGUCACCCUAUUUAAACUAUUAUUUUAAUGUUUCCAUGCUACUUCAGUGGGUUAAAUCUGAACUUUUAGAAAAAAAGUAUUUUGACAUUUACCACCAGGAAAGUAUUUCAGGUGUUUUAUUGGCUGUUCAUCAGCUCCUGGCUCCUGUUUUAUAUUGAACAGACACAUAAAAGUGGUAUUGAUCUUACCCUGAGGAUGUGAAUCUUUAAAAUGUCUAGUCCUAAUCCCAGACCAGUAAAUUAGGUGUAACGUUUGUAAUUGCUCAACCUCAUUCAUGUUAAAAGAGGAAACAAAUAACUGCUCUGUGUUGUAUUGUGUUUCGUGUGUUGCAGCUAUGGAAGGAGCUGCGUCCUGACACACCGCUCACCAGCCGUAUUUCCAAACAGUGGUGUGAAAUUGGUUUCCAAGGCAGUGAUCCCAAGACUGAUUUCAGAGGCAUGGGCCUGCUGGGACUGCACAACCUGCUGUGAGCUCUCAGCGGCUUUAAGUCUUUUUUGGGACUUCUCAUAGUAAAAAACAAAGAAUCAUAUCUGCCAUAAUACCAGAUUGAGUACUUAAUAAUCCACAUGUAAGGAGGUGUAUGUUUGAAUCCUAAAUACCUCUUUUAUUCAGUCUUUUCUUGUUCCCUCAGGUAUUUUGCAGAGCAUGACAAGGCGACCGCUCUGCAGAUGCUCCACGACUCCCUGCAACCAAAGCACAAGUAUGACAGCGAUGUUUCCAUUUCCAGCAUGAUAAAACUAACAGUAUACACCAUGAGUAUGAAAGGAAGUCUGUCUGGUUGAACAGUGACUCAUUUUAUUUUAAAAUUAAACUGAUUUGCAUCAAUGUAAUGGCAUUGCUGGUAAAUUAUCAGAAUGCAUCAUUUGCAAAAACAAAGGUCUUCACUCAUCUGGCAAAUUAACAGUCAAACUCAUGAUUUUACUCGUGGUGUAUACCUCCAGCUUAAACAGCACUCACUCAUCCAUAAGUCUGCUUUUAACACAUUUUUCUGCUGCUAACACCUUCCUCUUGAUUAAAUUCAUUGACACAGCUUGAUUCAACUCACUGCCUUAUCUUUUAUUAACUCCAGCUGCUUGUGUUAUUUUGUCAUCAGCAUCUCAUUUCAAUGAACUUUGCUCUUCUUUGUCUCCUUUACCUCCACCGCCUCCACCUCUCUCUACCCAUUCCUCUCACAUGCAUUGUAGGAUUACACACAGAAAGCCAAGGUAUUUUAUUUCACUUUCAUUCUCUGCACUGCAUUCAGCUUUUUUCUGUUGAGUUGAUGCAUCAUGCUGCGAAACCACAGUUUUCAUUUCUCAUAUCAGACUUGGGAAACUUUUCACAGAGAAGAAUAUUCAGGCUGUACUUAUUCCACUCUUUAGAGACAACACCAAUGAUGCUAUGUGUUUGUUCCAUUUGUGAUCUCUUGGUACAGAUUUAUAUUAGAGUAUUAAAUCUGUUUCUCCGACUUAACUGACCUUACUGUACACGGACUCCACCCUUGCCAAAUUUUAAAACAAACAAAAUUAUAAUGAGGGAUUGGGCUGCUUAGAAAAGGAAGAAAUUUGAGAAGAUUUCCAAUAUUUUCUUGCAAGAACAAAAUUGUAUUCAAAUCAAUUUCUGAUGGAAAGGAAUUGUAGUAAGUUUCACUCCUCCCACGAGCUUUAAUGUGGCCUUACUACUCAUUAAAGCUUAAAACUCAAACUGCACAAACUUACCUCUUCAAACUAAACCAGAUAAUCUAUAAAUAGAUUAAUUUUCCUGCUCCUGGUAUGGACUUAAGUCAGUGCAAUGAGUAAUUUCUUCUUUUUUGUAUGACAAACUGUCAUAUAAUUAUAAGUUAAAGUACAUAAUUAUAACACUUGCUGCUAAUUCUAUGUCUGCAUAUCAAAAUCCCACCAUUAUACAGUAAAGUGAAUAGGAAGCCAGACGAGUGGUUAAUCAAACUGGAUCAGUUUUCACUCAAUUUUAUAAUAUUCCUGAUUUCAGUUCUAUCAUGAGCCAUUUUAUGAAAGCUGUUGGGACUUUUUAGCUGGUUGUAAAAGUGACUGAAAUGAACAGUGAUGCUUUGUGUGAUCUAGAAAAGCAAAGAAGACCAUCAGCACCAAUAGUGACAGGCUGUGAACUAUACAGUAAAGGUUAAACACGCUUGUCCUGACUCCUGACAGUAAAAGGAAUCAGUCAUUGUGAAUAUUUGUUGUGAAAAAAGCUGAGAUUUGUCAUCAGAAAACACAACAUGUGUAUGUCAAGGACAAGAGUGAAGAAAAAGUAUUACUUUGUCCACAGGGGGCGCCAGAAUCCAUACUAACUAAAGUCCCUUGGAGAUUCUUGCAUUACCAAACCCAUUUAUGUCAUUUUAUAACCAUGUUAAUGACAAUAUACUGUAGACCACCAUGCUAACAGAUAAAUAUACCUUCCUACACACCUACAACAUGACCUAAAUAGUGAUGUGUACUGCAAAGUUAAUUGUUGUCUUAACAACAAACAAACAAUACUACAUACAUCGACGUAAACGGUUAAAGAAAUGCUUAUGCUGAUUAAAUUACACACACACUGUAUGAAUAAUUUGAAAAAAUUGCAUAUCUUUAAAAGAGCAGGACACUUUGGAGUCACUUUAACAAAUUGGGACUGAGGAUUUGAGACUCAUUAGAUUUGACUUUUAACCUUUGACUCAAACCUCUGUGGCUGCACUUUGACUUAAUAUUUGAUGACUUGGCUUCAACACUGCUUAGCUCCAGCUCUGUGAUAAUUGACCUCAUUAAAAGAAAACCUCUCAAAUCCCCAAAGGACCUCAAAUAUUUCUAAACUUUAAGUAAUGGAGCAGUAAAAUGUUAUUUUACUGUUGCUCAGACUCUUAUUGGACUUCUAGGACAGACUGUGAUACUUUGAGUGUUGUUUUACAUGUCAACAUCACAUGACUUCAGUGUGUGUCCUUCACAGUGAGAUAAACAAGCCAGAAUGGGAGCAGAAGAACCUUGACAAAGCCAUUGGGUAAGAAUAUGCGUGUGUGUGUGAGUGUGCAGGCUAAACUGGGCCUCUGCUGCAGGAGCUCCUGUGAGUUUUGGCCUCGAUACAGAGCCGUUUUAACGGUGGACAGCUGUGUGAUGUGGCCUUGAAGUGUGCACGUGUGUGUGUAUGUGUGUGUGCGUUAAUUUGCAGGGAGUGUUUUACUGCUGAGUGUGUCCUGCCGCUCUUCAGUCUGCAUCUGUGCUGAUAAGAAUAAAGGACUGGCUCUGAAAACAGACACAGUCACAUCAAUCCCUUCAAACACACAUUAUUGUAAAGACUGGAGCUGUAAACUUUAAGUUGUUUAUCGUGCCCUGAUAGAGGAAACUGUGUGCAGCAAGGGUAAAAAGCCACUUUAAACGUUUUUAAUCAAUUACAUUUAGAAAGUAUUGACAUCAAGUUCAGUUCAAAUGUCUGUAAAGGGAACCAUAAAAGUAACAAAUAUUGCCAUAAAUCAUGCAGGAAGCAGUACUUGGCCUAUUUCAAACCAAGAAAACACACCUCAUAAGUUUAAGGUUUAAUCUGAAUAAAAGAUGUUCCGAAAUCUGUGAAACAAAUAUGAACAAUAACAUCACUGCACUAUGAUCAAACUUUCAAAAACUUCCACCUGUCUUCUCAUGUCCUCUCUGCAGCUUUUCUUUUGCCAUCGUGGGCAUCAACAUCACAGACCUGGCUUACUCUCUGCUAGUGAGCGGGGCUCUGAAGACUCACCUGUACAAUGUGGCCCCAGAGGUGCCGAGCCUGAUGCACUUCCAGCAGACCUUCUGUGAGUUCAGAUGAUUUCGAUACAUCUUAUUAUACUGUAUAUCCACGGGAGCUUGCAAAGAGAACAAAAUUACAACUAAGUAGGAGCAGGUAUCAAUAUAUACACUAUACAAACAAACCAGUUACAUCAGAACUGCCUAAGGUUGAGUGUGGAGUUCCACAAGGGUCCGUACUGGUACCACUAUUUUUUAUGUUGUAUAUUAUUAACUUAAAUGACAUUUCAAGUGCUUUCAAAACAAUUUUGUUUUCAUCGGGAAAACUGAUGUUUGCUGGGGGAAAUGAUUUUAAGCAAAACUAAGUUUAUAAUAUUUGGAAACAGGACCAAUUUGAGCAGAAAACUCAUGAUAGAUAUGGAAGUGAAAAGUGAAUUAAAUAAAAUCCUCCGAAGUAAUAGUUAAUACUUAAAAGAGUUGAAUAUAAACAUAUAAAUCCUAUCAGAGCAAAAAUAUCAAAAUCGAUUCACAUUUUACACGAGGUUAAGAAUAUUUUGAUAUUGAGCAGUUGUUGAACACUGAAUUUUGGGGGUACUACAAAACGAAUGCAGACACAAUCUUCAUUGUUCAGAAAAGAACCAUAAGAACCAUCAGUAGAACCGCCUUCAAACCAACUUUUCCAAACAGGAGAGGAUAAACUUACCACCUUUUCUUUAUGACAGGUUACCUGAUGCAGGAGUUCCACCGUUUCUGGAUCGAGGAGGAUCCCAGCGACAUCAUGGAGUUUAACCGAGUCCGCUCCAAGUUCCACAGGAGGAUUCUGAGACAGUUGAAGAACCCAGACAUGGCUCUGUGUCCCCAUUUCACUGCCUCUGAUCUCCACCUGGUCAACCUCUAA